AUGGACUGCAAAAGACACGACGACAUCUCCGGAGUUGGAAUAAGGUGUGAGGCUCCGCACGGUAAGCUGUCCCUGUUGUCUUGGCAUCUCGCCCCGUUUCCCAGCUCAAGGUCCCUAGCCUCUUUCUAUUCUCUCGCGUCUUCCCGCGGCAUCUGCCAGUAAACCAACGAGCAAGCAAGCAUAACAAUGGAGGACCCAAGAGGUAGAAAAAAUCCACAAAACCUGAAGGGCUAAUUGAAAAUUGAUAAACUAACAAAUUCACAGAAAUAGCAUGGCAGAACCGUCUGGACUACCACUCACGCCUGAGUGCGGUCCGUAUCGCAUUUAAGGCUUCAUACGCCCAAGCAAUCCCAACGGUCAAGCGAGAGCAGUACUACAAAGCAAAGUUACCAGGGCUAGCCAAAUGGGUUGCGAGAAAAUGCGCCCUUGAACGGCCAAGAUCAAACGACGAGGCAGCCGGAGGUUCAACACUUGAAGCGAUCGAGGUCGACGGGCAAGAGCAAGUUGUUGCUCCUGGCCAGGAAGAGCAUGCACCAGUGUAUGAGCAGGAGGAGCCGAUUGUUCUCUCGGAUGGCGAGGAAGCCAUUCCAGCUAUUGAAGAGAAGCUACAGUCCACAAAACAAGUCUCCGAAACGAAAGCCCUGACCAGUCCGGAAGCUCCAGUACCGGCGGCCAAGUCCACCGCACCCCCGAAGCGCAACAAACGCCUACGCACAGAGAUAGAGAGACUACUAGACACCAACUGGGGAGGAAACUCCACUGCCAUUAUCGGAUCCUUGAACAAUAACGGCACCGGCAACCCGUCGCGAGAUUUCCUCUCCCCGACCUUUACCGCCGGAGGAAUUGACCUUGCCCCCACCGCCAAACGAACUCGCUCUUCACGGAACAGUCUUCAUGGCUCGGCUCAGUCACCAAACUCAACCCAAAAAUCCGUUGAAAAUCCCCUAGCAAAAGCCACGAAGACCACCUCUAGGAAAUCGUUACCAACCCCUCUUCAGCCGCCACCGCUCUCCGACAAAUCCUUCGAACCAAACUCCAACGCCACCUCAUCUGAAGCUCGAAACGUGGUCGCACUAUACGUCUCCAAACCCUCCCGUCCCACCACCAACGCCCAGCAAAAGCAAAAACCACCCCGCACUUCUAAGCCGAAGUCUAGGUCCAAACCCCCUACCCCGGCCUCGGAGAACCCAGGAACGCAAACAUACCUGCCAACAGAUCACUCUGCUAUCCCCUUCCAAAUCAAGGUGAUAUUCAAUCGCUACCCAACUCUAUAUCGCCUCCCCAGGCGUCAGAAGCGCCUAGAUUCCCCAAAGUUGGAUAUCCAUUCCUUGAUUUAUAGAUGCAGAAGGGCUGUUAGGAGUAGUCUUGCUGUUGCAGGGAAGAAGGGGGAAGGCGAAGGUGAAGGAAAGGGUGAGGCUACGGAGAAUAGGGUAGUUGGUGGAGAGAAAAUCGUGUUUUUGCGUAGGAAUGCUGUGAGGGGAAGGAACGUUUGGGGUGGGAAAUAG